GCUGCUGAGUCGCCCUGAACUUUUCCUCCGCCUGCCCGCCACCUUCGCCUCCGCCUCCUAGCUUUGGCAAGCGGGCUGAGCCCGAAGCUCGCAAGAGGGGCGCGGUGGGGCUCCCAGUUCGCACCUCCGCGGACCCCUCUUAACCCAGCUCCUCCUUGGCUCCCCUCCCUCCCCAAUCCAGAAAGAAGAGGUCCGCCCGCUGGAGAAAGGCGGUCGGCGACCCUCGCGGACCUCCUCGCGCGUGGGGACGGGGCUCGCCCUGCGCUCGCGUGGAACGAGAAAGAAAAGCUCUGAUUUAUUGGCCGUGGACGGCAGCGCCGAACACCUGCAAGGGAUGGGGUUGUGGUGUUCACCUGCCUGAUCGUUGUUGUUACUUCAAAACCAAAGAAAACUUGGCUUUCAGAAGCACUGAAAACUUUCAGCGCUGUGUGGAAGAGAACAUCGCUCACCAUGGUGGCAUUGCCAGUCUUCCUCCUACUCCUGUGGACAGUAAAAGGAGCUGCACCCUCACAUUCUCAUGGGAAGCCAACUUGGCCAACCUACAAGGUGCCCGUUGUUCUACCCCAAUUAACAAUUCAUUUGGACAAACCACACUUUGAUGCAGAAGCCAAACUGGAAGUGGUCUCUUCGUGCGGUCUGUCUUGCCACAAACGUUCCCCGCUCCCAACGUACGAAGAGGUGAAAGAUUACUUGUCCUAUGAGACGCUGUACUCAAAUGGUUCCCGCACCGAGACAGAAGUUGGCAUCUACAUAGUUAACAGGGUUAGCGCAGGGGGACAGAGCCGAUCGCGGACAAAGAGGCAAAUUUACGGCUAUGACACGAGGUUUAGUAUUUUUGGCAAGGACUUCUUGCUGAAUUACCCUUUUUCUACUUCUGUGAAGUUGUCCACAGGAUGCACCGGAACGUUAGUGGCUGAAAAACAUGUCCUGACGGCUGCUCAUUGCAUCCAUGAUGGCAAAAGUUACGUCAAGGGAGCCAAGAAGCUACGGGUUGGGUUCCUGAGACCCAAGCUGAAAGAUGGCAUCAAAAGCACCAGCAACAGUAGCUCCCUCGAGCCCGAGAAAAUGAAAUUCCAGUGGAUUCGGGUGAAACGGACACACGUUCCCAAAGGAUGGAUAAAAGGGAAUGCCAACGACAUUGGCAUGGACUACGACUAUGCCCUGCUGGAGCUCAAGAAACCCCAUAAGCGAAAGUUCAUGAAAAUUGGGGUGAGCCCAACAGCAAGUCAGCUGCCCAGAGGAAGAAUUCAUUUCUCAGGCUAUGACAAUGAUAGGCCCGGAAACUUAGUUUACCGGUUCUGCGAUGUCAAAGAUGAAACCUAUGAUCUCUUGUAUCAGCAGUGUGAUGCCCAGCCGGGGGCCAGUGGUUCUGGAGUAUACGUGAGGAUGUGGAAGAGACAGAAUCACAAAUGGGAGCGCAAAAUUAUUGGGAUAUUUUCAGGGCACCAGUGGGUGGACACCAACGGUUCCCCCCAGGAUUACAAUGUGGCUGUUCGUAUCACACCCCUCAAAUACGCACAGAUUUGUUUCUGGAUCACGGGCAACUAUCAACAGUGUAGAGAUGGAUAGACCCAAGCUAUGCACCAGAAAGGCUUCAGCAGCUUUUUGGGGAGGGGCAGGGAAGGGGUGGUGUUGGUGGAAAGCAUUUGCCUAAUUGCUCUAUGGGCAGAGUUCUGUUUUUAGAAAUGCCAGGGUGCCGGAGUUGACAGGGGGCUCAACCUGGUUAGUGUUUGGCAGUAAGCACAGUGUCCAUGCCAUGGCACAGAUCCUGUACUUUUGCUUACUUUUUGCCUUAGGAUAAGCAAUAGCACCACAUAAAAGGGUUGGAGCUGAAGCAAAUUACCUGCAUCUCCCUUUUGCAGCCUGUUUUAGGAUGGGCCGUCAUUCACUAAUAAAGAUGCUGAUUGGCUGGCUCUCACAUUCAUGAAGCACAGCGUUGGCUAGGUCUGAUGGUAGGAUAACUGGAGGGAGCCAUAGGCAUCCAUCCUUAACCCUGGUGAUGCCAAAACAGCACAUAGUGGGUUGUGACAUCCCAGUGCAAGCUCUGCCCUUUUGGAUGGGUGUUGUGACUUCAGUCACCAGUAUAUAAGGGAUUAAUUUACUUUGGGAUGUUAUGACACACUUUUCAUCAUUUCCCCUUCCCCUGUGAUUAGAGGUUUCUCAUGGUCCUCCUCUUCCUCUUCCUCCUCCUCUUCUGAAUUCCCAAAAGAACCAGUGAGAGGUAGAAAUGGGAAGCAAAAGUGUAGUGCUUGAAAAGUAAAGACAAGAGGAAGAAAGAACUUCAGCUGUUAUUCUUCUGGAAGCAGUGAUCAAAAAAAUACGAAUCCGUGACUCAAUUGGGUGAACCUGAAUACUUUUUUUUAAAGUAGAAUGUAAUUACUUUCUCUAGGUCUGCUUUCUGUUUUAAGGGCCUACUAUAAUAUGAAGUCUGGAUGUGCAUUAGCUUUCUCCAAGGGCCAUGUUAGCAAUAAGCCCACUACAGUAUUGAAACACAUAUUUUGGGGAUAUGGUUCACCUUACUCCUCCACCCCCACCCCCCUCCAAUUGAUCUUAGGGGAAUCCUGUUCUUCUGGUUUUUAAUCUUCAUUGAAUUUGCAAAACACUUUGUCAGCUGGAAAGUCACAUAGUUUUCCAAGGGCUGUGUGCAGCGUUGAUUGGUUGGCCCUUCUGUCCAUGACAAGGUUAUCUUUCUCCUUCUUGGGGCAGGCUGGUGCAAGGCCCUGAUUGGUUGGCCCCUGUGUCAUUGGCAAAACCACCUCUCCUACUUGGAACAGGACCUUCCUUCGUACGCUUCUGAUUGGCUGACCUUUAUUCAGGGAUAAAUUCUUUUCUCAAAGUUGUUUUUUUAGGUCUUAAAACUAUGUACAACCCUUUUUAAGAGAGCUUGUAAAAACUGGACUCAAAUGAAGUCAGAGGUCUGCAUAAAUCAUGGGGGAAAUUUAUACAGGAAAAGAAAACCAGAAUUUUGUGCAGAGUCUAUACGUACAUGUAAGAAGCCAAAGCAACAAGGAAGGAAAGCUUAGCUUGCAGCGGAAAAAUAUUCAGCUGCCCCUAUUUUUAUGCAGGUGGAUAUGCAGCAGAACUGGUUGUUCUUUCUUUGGUUGUUUCUAGUCCUGGUUGUGUCAUCUCAGAAAGAAAAGGAAUUCCUGCAGGAAAUGGUUCAGGUUUCAGGGUGCUAUAUUAGUGGCUUGCCUUUCUGUAGAGCUAGCAGAAUGAACUAGGGAGAAAAUGGUAAUAUAUGUUUGUUCCAUUUAAUUUAUACAGGCUGCAGAAUUAUGCUUCUUUAAAAAUCCAAACAACAGACAAGCCCGCAUGCUGAGUCCUCGGGGUUGGUUUUGUACUCUAAAUCCAUCUCUUGCACUGUUCAAAUUCCAGGCUGAACUUCCACAUAUAAUGUAACCCUGUGCAGGAGAUGGAUGGGAAAUUCAUUUUUUCCCUGGCAUCUGAACUCAGCACUGCAUUAGAAUGAACCCCCCCCCCCUCCCCAUGAUACAUCUCUAUCUAUUUCAUUAAACCUAUUUCCUUUAUUUGUGAGUGUUUGAUUUAUUGAGCUGUUCCCUGAAGCGCACCUCGUUUGAAAUGUAUCACAGCAGGUCAAGGCAAUUUUGCCACAUUGGAUCUUGUAAAUAUUUAUAAACCUUGGCUACAAAUGGAAACAUGCAUUGUAAUUCUACUUAUUUUAUAAGGAUGUUCAAAUACAGCACAUGUUUAACACC